AAAAGAGCCAUGUAUUGUCAAUAUAUAGGUUAGUCUCCUUUUUUUCUGCUCGUUUCGUCGAGCCGCAACAAUACUGUAUGUAGUGUAUGUACUGUGCAUACAGUGAUGUAUACAUCGUUUUUUUUUAAAUUUACAUAAUUAUUAGUGUCGCGCGCAAUGUCGCGUAGUUAUGUACAUACACAAAUUAUAAAUUAUUCGUCGAAGUUACUUAUCCUGUCCUAGACAACGAAAUUACGUAAUGUAAGAACGUGAUAAUGGCCUCGUUACACAUAAAUCGCGACAAUACCACACAAUUUUUUUCGUUGAUCGAGAGAUUGCUCUCGUUAACCAGUACAAGGGCCAGCGACAAGAAGCAGAUCAAUGCAUAUUUGAACGACCUCAACGAUCUGGAUUACACAUGCUUCAAUACUGUAAAUUACAAUGCGGUGUUAUUGCUGGUGAAUCAACUUUGCGCGGCUGUUCUACCUGACGAAACGUCCUUAGUCCGAAACUUUUGUAAAUUUCUAUUUAAUCUAACUCAAAGCAACAUCGUGCUCCACGGCCGGACAUUUGCGACCUGCAAACGCUGGAUCCUGGAGGCGUUGGAAUUUUCUGAGCCGCUGGCACAGGUCGAUGUGUUAAUCGCUGUAAAAAGUUUUCUACACCUUGGAUUCUUUGACGUCAAUCAUCAUGUACGUUUGUUACUCAAGGACAAGGAUGUGUUGAUGAAGUAUUUAAAUCCGUUGUCCAAUCCAUGGUCGGAAAUCAAUUUCCAUGCACUUGGAUGUUUGGAGGAAAUUGUGGUGAACAAAAGCGGCUGUUAUUGCUUGUCGGACGAAUUUAUAUGUCAGAUAAAAGAUGUAGUUUUUAAGAUUCUAACACUCCUACCGUAUCACAAGGAUAAUAAGCUUUACUACAGUAAGGCGAUAAAUUCGUGCCUGCACAUUUUGCAUUACAUGAUCUGCGAAAAAUUGAUUUCCAUCUCGUCCAAUUUCACCGGCGAGAUAUUAGGAGUGGUGCAGGCGUUCCUAUUUUACGGCAUCAAAGGCUACUCCGUCGCGACGCCACAGUCACUUCGUCCGGCUGCGAUGAAUCUCCCGGAACGUGUUCACGUAAUUCCCAAGUGCAAGAAUCUCAAAAACCACAAGGCAAAGUCCAAGAGGACGCCGAAGGCCACGCCCCCGGACACGGGAAAUAAUGCCGUUCCGGAACACGCGGGAAUUGCCAAGUAUUCCAGCGAGUCAGAUACCUCGGAUACGGAGAUCAACAAUUCCAUCCAUAUCGAUUCCAAAGUAAGGCUGGGAGCCGUACGUUUGCUGCAGACCCUCGUGGCGCUCACUCGGAGCAGAGACAUCUUCGGAUACUGGCCGCAAAUCGUAGCCACCGGCUCGCGAAACGACGCGCGAGUACUGACGAGAAGCAUAUUGGUCGAGCCUACGUCGAAAGUACGGCAGAAUGUAUUGAGCACAUUGACCGAGCUGCUGACAGGUGCUAAACCAUUUCUAAUACAUGCCGAAGACACCAAUCACACCUCCUUCAUCACGUUCUUCGGCACAGUAUGCCUAAUGGUCAAGGAAUUGCAUUUUACGUUAUCGUUAAUUUUGCUCGCCGAGCAAAAUGUAGCGGUGUUAACGCACGCGUUGAAGUGCACCGCGGCUCUUGUACAGGGCACACCGUACGAGCGACUGAAGCCGGGCUUGGCUACCAAAUUAGUUAGGAACUGCAAACCGCACAUAUUCCACAAAGAUCCGACCGUACGUGUCGCGGCGCUGUCCAUUUUCGAAGCAUUCGCCUCGAGCGAACCCAUCACUCAGGAAAUAUUGAGCAUAUUAGCCAGGCAGACGGUGGGUGGAAUCGAAUCGGAAAGGUCGCGGUUCGAUACCAGUUCAAUUAAUGACGUUGAAACGGAAGAGGAGGAAAUAGAUAUCGAAGAUGUCGAAAAUUCGGCAGACAGCUGUAACGAGAGCACGUCAACAUCGAAAGAUGAAAACGCUUGCUUGCUGGUUCGCACGUGCUUAGGAAAUAUUUCUAAUAAGUCGGUCAAUACACCUGUACGACUUCAGUCUUUAAAACUCAUGGGCAGAUUGGCGUUUAACACAGGAAGCCUUGUGUUUCCUCAUUUGGAGAACGUGACUACGACGUUAAUUUCGGUUAUGGAGGAAUCGGAAAGCCAAGUGAUACUGCACGCAUGCCGGGUCUUGGAGAUUAUGUCCGGCUGCCUCGCAACCGAGACUUAUCAUAGCAGCGGUUUACUAUUUUGGAACAUUAUAUUUGACCCUAUGAUAUCACUCGCCCAAACAUCGCAAACCAUAUUGCGAGAAGCCGCUUGCGAUUGUCUGGGUAGCAUCAGUGGAAAUGUAUUAAUACAAUUGUCGAGGCAAAAAAUUAUAUUAAUAAUUACAAUACUAUUUGGAGCGGUUCGUGAUGAAGAAAGUGCCGUGAGAGCGGCCGGCUUACGUGCGUUAGGGAUGUUGGUGACUUUACCGGCACUGGAGCACGAUACCGGCUUCCUCAUGGAUCUGGCUGAUACAGUUUGUUUAGCUUUUGAGGACAAAAAUCUCGGGGUUCGUGUGAAAAGCGCUUGGGCAUUGGCGAACUUGUGCGACUGUCUUUCCAGGCAAAAACAGCAUGAAGAGGUGGAACCAUUUCCUUUAGAAGAUUUAUUACCCAAACUAUAUCUUAUAAGCGUCAAGGCGGCAAAAGACAACGAUAAAGUGAAGUGUAACGCUGUCAGAGCGAUUGGAACUAUUUUAUAUCUAUGUCCACAGAAGCAUAUACUUUCCGAUACGACAUUGGGAUUGGAUGCGCUUAUCAAAUGUGCUGUUUUAGGAAAUGAUAUGAAAGUACGAUGGAAUGCCUGCCGAGCUUUAGGAUUGGUUCUGAGCCACGAUCCAGAUGCAAUAUUACCAUCUUCUUGGAAAGAUCAAGUAUUUCCAGCGCUUUCCACUUUGAUAUGCGAUAGUCCAAAUUUUAAAGUGCGCACCAACGCCGCAUGGGCAUUGUCUUCGUGUAACUAUUACGGCAAAUAUACUGUAAUGUUGUGGAAAAGUAUCGUAUUGGCGUUUGAAAAUGCUCAGCAUGUCCCAAGCUACGUUGAAUAUCCGCAUCGAGACGCGUUGAUUCAACAAUUGUGCCUUACUCUUAGUCGCAUCGCUGCCUGUACAGAAAAAUCCGAAUUGCAAAGUCUUUGGAUCGAGAUUGGCGAUCAUGUAGAAGAAAUUUCCAAUUUCAUAAAGCAAUUUCAGGAGACUGUUUUGCCUGAAAAGCUGGGAGAUUUCAUCAAGGCAAAAGCUCAACUGGAGCAACAUGUGAGGAAUGCACGUUCCGUCGAAGAACGACAAAUCGCUCAAUCUCUGGCAAAUAUAUUCGAGAAAACUAACCGCUAUGACAAUCUAGAUGCCAUUACCUCUACAAUAUAAAUUUGUACAAUUAAAACGAUGAAAAAUAAAGCAAUGCAACGUA